GUAGUUGUCAGCACGGAUUGGUUUGUCAUGGACCAACCAAAUUACUAACCCUGCUAAAUGCAAGAGAGGAAAAAAACUCAAAUGGCAGUUUGAUUUAGGCCGCUGCGUCCCAGGCUGGUUGGGCUGCAAAUAACUUCUUGUUUUCGGUGUCUGCUCCUGCGAGGAAACAUGAUGAUCUAUGGUGGUCCGCAUGCCUCGGCUAACGCUAGCUUCUUAGCUAAAACAUCGAAUCUAAAACAAAGGGGUGGUUGACAAUAGCGGCGUCUACCCACCAGUAAAGCAAAUUAUCAUAAACUAUAAUUAAUAACAACACACCUAAGGACUGCCGUUAACUGGUUACCUGUUGAGUCGCCUCUGUUCUGAGCUUUCUAGCGUUUACCAGGCUUUUUUAGCUUGCUAACUGACGCUAGCCGCGUUAGCUCCCAUACGAAUAUAUCAGUUAACAAAACAACACCCAGCAGCUGACCCCGCUGUAUCACCGACUGUGAGGAGAGGAGGAUUGUGACAAUAAUAAGCUAUGGAGCAGUACACCACUGCCACCACUACUACUGGGGAGCAGAUAGUUGUGCAGACUGCCAAUGGACAGAUCCAGCAGCAGACACAGGGCACAGUGACAGCUGUGCAGCUGCAAACAGAGGCGCCAGUGGUGACGGCCUCAGGCCAGCAGGUGCAGACACUCCAGGUAGUCCAGGGGCAGCCUCUGAUGGUCCAGGUGAGCGGCGGGCAGCUCAUCACAUCAUCAGGGCAACCCAUCAUGGUGCAGGCCAUGUCAGGGGGACAGGGGCAAACCAUAAUGCAGGUCCCUGUGUCUGGAGCUCAGGGACUACAGCAGAUCCAGCUGGUGCAGCCGGGUCAGAUCCAGUUACAGGGCGGUCAGACUCUCCAGCUACAGGGCCAGCAGGGUCAGCCCCAGCAGAUCAUCAUCCAGCAGCCCCAGACAGCCAUCACUGCUGGACAGAACCAGGGUCAGCAGAUCAGCGUUCAGGGCCAGCAGGUGGCACAGACAGCUGACGGGCAGACCAUCGUCUACCAGCCUGUCAAUGCGGACGGUACCGUGCUGCAGCAGGGAAUGAUCACAAUUCCAGCUGCCAGCUUGGCCGGCGCCCAGAUUGUACAGGCAGGGGGUGCCAACACCAACACCACUAACAGCGGCCAAGGCACUGUGACCGUCACCCUGCCCGUCUCCGGUAACAUGGUCAAUGCAGGUGGAAUGGUCAUGGUAAGACCCUGUGCAGAGAUGGUGCCUGGAGGUGCCGGAGUUCCCACAAUGCAACGUAUCCCCCUGCCAGGGGCUGAGAUGCUCGAGGAGGAGCCGCUCUAUGUCAAUGCCAAACAGUACCAUCGUAUCCUGAAGCGAAGACAGGCCCGGGCCAAGCUGGAGGCUGAGGGCAAGAUCCCCAAAGAAAGGAGGAAAUACCUGCACGAGUCUCGCCACCGUCACGCCAUGCAGCGUAAGCGAGGAGAUGGAGGACGUUUCUUUUCCCCUAAGGACAAAGAGGAAAUGGCUUUGGCCCUGGCACAGCAGCAGCAGGAGGUAGCCCAGGCAGCAGCAGAUGAGACGGUGGCUCAGAUGAUCCGAGUCUCGUAGCACUGUCGCCAAAAUCAUCAUCAUGUCUGUCAGUGAACUCUACCCUGCCUGAGACUCUUCACCCCAGCUAAACCAUCUGCCGCACCUUCUCCUCUGUCACCCCCCCACCCCCCUGUCACAGACCACCAACGAAAACUCCACCACUGUUUCUUCUGUUCUCUCUCUACUCGUACACUGGUCUUCCAGGAAGCUGGCCAUGCGGCUGCUGAGCCUAAGAACUGGUCUUCUCUGAAAUGGAGGAUUCCUCUCCAUGCUCAGCUUUACUGGUCAAGCACUUAGGACCAGCUUUUUAUUUUCAUACGGAUUUGGUUGGACAAUAAUGAAAAAUUUUGUUUAACCAGGCUCAGUGACACAGAGGAGAUGACAGCUGCGAAGCCAUAUACUCUGUUAGACCCUGGUUUGUUAAAAUAUGAAAAUUUGUCAUUAGUGGAUACUUUUUUGCUUUAAAUGUUUUUUGUAAAUGGUACAGAGUUUGUUUUUUUUUUUUCCAGAGACACUCAUUCAGCCUUGAUGCUAGACUUGUGUCCUUUAUCUUUUACGUGAUGCCCCAUAUUUUGAGUUUUAUUUUUUCAAUCCAUGUACUCUGGGGGAUGGACCCAGCAUCUUAAGUGCAACCUGCGUCCACUGAGAAAAAACUGAAAUGUGAUACUAAUGUGAAGAUGUUGCACAGAAAUUCUUUUUCUUGCCAAGUGUUUAUUAGAUGUAUUUACUCAUUUGCCCAAUUCUGUGGAUGCAUUUUAUACAAUUUGUAGUUAAACUUAGUGUUUGUAGGAAAAAAUGACUCAGUGUGGCAUCACAUUACACAUCCUAUCCAUAUAGUUACUUCUCCAUUGGUUAGUCCACCUAAGUGUUUGUGGGUUUUUUUUUUCAUUGUAGAUAAUAGAUUUUUUUACCCAUCCGAUGGAGUCCUGAAAUGUUAUUUUUUUUAUAAUGAGAAAAGGUUGGACAUUGAAUUCAUGAAACCUAUGUCAAUUAAAUUUUAUUAUGUGAA